CGGGGCGGAACGGGCCGGCCCCGCCCCGCCGGGCCGCGCGGCACGCUGGGAGCGGAAGCGGUCGGCCGCGGUAAGAGCGAGGCGGGCAGCAUGGCAGCCGCCGGCAAGAGGAGCCUGGCGGAGAUGAGCCUGGACGAGUUCCUUGCCGCCGGCUCCGAAUCGGAGCCUGAGGACGGUUCGGAGGAGGAAGAAGAGGCCGCCCGGCCCGCCAAGGGGGCUGCGGGGCAGCGGCGGGAGAGCGGGAAGGCGAGGCAGCUGCUCCAGGCCCCACCGGCUGCGAGGAAGAAGGGAAAGGCAUCUGAACAUAAAGAUCAGCUCUCCCGGCUGAAGGACAAAGAUCCUGAAUUUUAUAAGUUUUUGGAGGAAAAUGAUCGCACACUGCUGAACUUUGAUGCUUCGGACAGUUCUGACGAGGAGGAGGAGGGGUUGCACAUACCACCUGAUACACUGGAGGAAGCAAGUGAUGAGGAUGAAGAAGAAGAACAUGAAACAGUCAAACGGAAGAGAGUUUCUUUCAUCCCUGUGAGCUUGAAAAUGGUUGAAGAAUGGAAAAAAGCUGCAGAGAGGGGGCUAACACCAAAACUUUUCCAUGAAAUCACUCAAGCCUUUAAAGCAUCUGUAGCAACCACCAAAGGAGAUAAUGGUGGGACUGAUCCCAGCAAGUUUCAAGUCACUGAUGCUGCAGUGUUCAAUGCCCUUGUGUCCUUCUGUGUCCGGGACCUCUUCCGCUGUCUGCAGAAGCUGCUGCUUCUGAAAACCCCGAAGAACAAACUAAAAGUGGUCCUUCCUUCCACCAGCCCACUUUGGAGCAAGUUGCGACUGGACGUAAAAGUGUACCUCGGCUGUACCAUACAACUCCUGUCUUGUUUAACAGAAGCCUCAGUUGGUGCAGCAGUCCUUCAGCAUGUCAGUUCCAUAGUGCCUUAUUAUUUGUCCUUUCCAAAGCAGUGCCGUGCACUUCUCAAGCAAGCAAUUAAUUUGUGGAGCACAGGUGAGGAAACAGUGAGAGUACUGGCCUUCCUUGUGCUGAACAAGAUCUGCCGCUACAAGAAAGAGGUGUACCUAAGUCCCUUGCUCAAGCAAAUGUACAUCGCAUUUGUGAAGAAUUCCAGAUUCACCUCUCCCAAUGUCCUGCCCAUGAUCAACUUCAUGCAGCGCACGCUGACAGAGAUGUAUGCCCUGGACACACAUACGUCUUACCAGCAUGCCUUCAUCUAUAUCCGUCAGCUUGCCAUUCACUUGCGCAGUGCAAUGACGAUAAAGAAGAAGGAGAACUUCCAGUCUGUUUAUAACUGGCAGUAUAUCCACUGCCUGUAUUUCUGGUGUCGAGUUCUCAGCACAAUCUAUCCCAGUGAGGUCAUGGAGCCGUUGAUCUAUCCUUUGACACAGGUCAUCAUUGGCUGUAUAAAGCUGGUACCAACAGCUCGUUUCUACCCUCUGCGUAUGCACUGCAUCCGUGCACUUACACUGUUGUCUGAGAACACCAGGACCUUCAUCCCAGUGUUACCAUUUAUCCUGGAGGUUUUCCAACAAGUGGAUUUCAACAAGAAGCCAGGACGUAUGAGCGCUAAGCCUAUAAACUUCGCAGUGAUCUUGAAGCUUUCCAAUGCUAACCUGCAGGAGAAGGCCUUCCGAGACGGACUCAUUGAACAGCUUUAUGACCUGAUGCUUGAGUAUCUCCAUUGCCAAGCCUACAGCAUUGGAUUCCCAGAGUUGGUUCUCCCAACUGUCAUUCAGCUAAAAUCUUUCCUGAAGGAAUGCAAGAUUGCCAACUACUGCAAGCCUAUCCGGCAGCUCCUGGAGAAACUGCAGGAAAAUUCUGCCUACAUCGCCAGCAGGCGUCAGAAAGCCACCUUCGGCGUGGCCAGCAGGGAGUCUGUGGAACAAUGGGAGAAGCAGGUCAAAGAGGAAGGGACACCUCUGACCAAGUAUUAUACUCAGUGGAAGAAGCUAAGAGAGAAGGAGAUACAACUGGAAAUCAGCGGCAAAGAAAGACUUGAAGACUUGAACUUCCCAGAAAUUAAGCGUAAGAAGCAAGAUGAAAGAAAGGAGGAAGAUAAGAAGGAAUUCAAGGACCUCUUUGAGCUGGACAGUGACUCUGAUGAGGAGGGUGUUGGAUUUCCUAUAAAAGGUAAAGCCAAAGCCAAGCAGGCAUCAGAUGACAGUUCAGAAGCAAGCAGCAAGGAUUAUGGCGAGGAUGAUGAUGAAGAAGAAGGAAAGUAUGAAAUUGAGGAGGACGAGGAAGAACUGGAAGACGACAGUGACUCAGAUGAGGAAGGCAAGGAACCUGCUCGGGUUUCCCAAAGGUCACAGAAGCAGAGGAGCUGCACUCGUGGGAUGUCACGAUCUGACCUCGAACAGCUAGCUCAAGGAGAAGAGGACAUUGUGGAGGACUUAGCUUUCUCUGAUGAGGACUGAGCGCCCUCACAGCCACUCCCUCCAAGCUUAUCCCUUACAGAGCUGCUGUGUACUGGAUCACCCAACCUUCAGCACCUGUAGCUGGUUCUCAAAGAGGUGGUAAGAGCUGGGGAGCAUGGAGGGUGGGAGGCCACCCCAGGUGCCACCAAGGACUUUCUCAGUGACACAGCAGAGAUGCUACUUGGACUUUCAAGCUUUUUCUACCAGUUAUGGUUUUGGUAAUGGUAAAAUUGCGGUCAUGUCAAGGCCAGUAAAACGGCUCAGUAUAGGUAAUAAAAAGCCCUCAUUAAAAUCUGCUGCUUUAAAUAGCAUAGGGUUCAGUUUCGGCUCCUGCUGGAGCAUAAGUCAGCUGACCAAGGGAAGGACAAGUUCUUUUGUUGAAGGGUCCUUCUGUCUGUUCAGCCAACCACCUGCGUCGCCCCAUAUUUUGCUCUGGGGCCCUCACCAAACCCUCCUUUUUGCCAAGAAGUUCUUAAGGACUGCAUAGAGCGUUUCAGAGCUUUGUAUUUUCACUGCAGAUGGAAGCCUUUAUCAGCAACAUCAGAAGCAGCUCAGUCAGUUCAAUCAAGCUGGCUGUAAGUAUGCUAAAGAAAGAAGUUAACUUUAAGUAAGUGCCUUAGGAUACAGAGUCGGGGGUGGAGAUGGGCAGUUGUGCAGGCAGGAAGCAGUAAGAAGAGGCAAAACUAAUCACAUACAUAGGAAACAUUUUCAUUUUGUGAUGGCUGUUGGGUUUGCACGGGAUACAUUUGCUUAGCAAAAACAAGGGACAAGUCUGAACCUGUGCUUUGUAACAGACCUAUUGUUAUCCACAGUGACAUAAAAUCACCUCUUUCUAGGGCCAGUCCCAGCUGCUGAUGCUGGUGGUGAACACCGUUUUGUUCUGAGAGUCCUGAAAACAGUACUGAUGACUGCAGGCUGUCUUGGGCACUCAGCCUUUCUUUAUUACCUCAAAGCCAACCACUGCAUCACCUGGGCAGCUUCUAGAUGCAGCUCAUUAUAUGUCUUCCUGUAGGAGUGGUACUUGUGGGAGGACAUUGUGUAGCUCAGGCUGGGUAAGGGCAAUUUGUGAUCUGCUGGGAAAAUAUAAACAGCUUAUCUCUCGAGACCGCUGUUAGUUUGCAGGACUGGCAGCUAGGAAACAUAUUUCUUUCUUUAGGAUCUUUGGAAAAUAAACUGGAAAUAGAGGGUAUUUGCUGAGAGAGGUAGGAAAAGUUAUGUAUUCUUAGGGCGUAUCUCACAACAUCGCUCCUGAAAAUUAACGUUGCCUUUUGAGAGCAUUAUUAUUUGUUAAUGCAGAUUUCUGGAAAAGAAGACAGAGGGCCAGGACUAAAUAUGAUCUUUAUUCUUCCCUGCCGCCAUUCAGUGAGGGCAGUAGCUGUCAGCGCUAGGGGUGGCCAAGCUAACUGCAGACAUGGUCAUCUUUGCCUUCUGCACUGCCUACGUGUCCCCUGCCAGGCAUCCUUACUCCUGCACGCCACAAGAGGACCAGAUGCUUUUUUAAAAACACAUUUAAAAAGAACAAUUUUUUCCUUUUUUUUUUUUUUUUUUUUAAGUUAAGUUCUGUUUUCCUGGAGUCAGAAGAACCACAGCUCAGAAACACUGCCUUAUUGCAGAUAAAAACCCAGAUGUACUGUAGCCUGGUUAGUGGUCUCCCUCUCACCCACAUGUGUAAAUGAUAACAACUCGGUGUAUGUAAAGAGGUAAUUAUGGUCUUCCUGUCCUAUGCCGAGUGCUGCUCCUUUCCUGCUUCCAGACAUCAUUACUGCACAGGUAAUUACUGCUGUGGUACAGUGUUGCGGGGUGUUUGCUUCAAUCAGAGUUUGUUAUGUCUUUUUGGAGCUUAGCGGCAGGAAUAGGGAUAGAGAAGGUUUCUUUUUCCCAACUGCAGUUACAGUAAUUACUAGACCUGCCCUUCCUAGACAUGCAGCUAGAUACCCUUUGUCCCAUAAGGAGGAGGAAGUAACCUCAGAAAUUAGUAAUUUGGGUUUUAUUAACAACAUCAUAAUUAUUGUCAUUAUCAUUUAUAGCCCACUGAGGGGGCUAGAGCACCUGCUGCUUCAUUAGGGGUUCAGGAGCAUUUGAGACUGAGGUUUCCUACAGCUGGUAAAGGCUGUGUCUUCAGGCAAUUAAUUACAUAUGGGAGCCUGGGAUAUGACUGCAAAGAUGAGAAUUGUAAGGCCCCAGCUAUAAGAAAAAGGCUUUAACUUACUUACUUACCUUUUCUUCCAAAAGAGAAAGGAGUGUCUUGUUCUCCCUCCUCUAACUUAGCUGGGCAAGGUGCUGUCUGCCUUUUGGCAGCUGUGAACCAACCCUCAGAUUGGCUUUUAGGCCAGAAAUGGAGGACCUCCACUGCACCAAGAGUUAUCACCACCACCAGCGGUAAGGCAUACGGCCCCAGUGUACACACAAAGAAAGGAGACUUCUUGGGUAAAGCCGUCACUUGCAAGGAGCUCAGGAAGCUAGGUACCAUUUGUAAAUUAAGUGUUUUUCUUUUUUAUUUAAAUUGAUUGCUGGAAAGCAUUUUUAUCGUGAUGUGAUGGAUAAUGACUUUUUUUUUUUUUUUUUUACAAUAUAAAGAAGCUAAUGUACCACCAAGCUAUUUUGUAAGAAAAACGGUAGCACGUGCAACGUUUAAACAAAAAAAAGGGGGGCAGGGGGAGAGAGAGAGAGAGAGAAAAGUACCACAUGUGAUUGUUGUUCACAACUGUACAAGUCACAGGAGGUCACCCCCAGGAGUUACCAUCUCAUUCACAGUAGUAAAAACUCUACCCAUUGUUUCUAGCCUGAAUCCCCCAGCAUCCCUCCCCCUCCUCUGGGAACGCACAGGUAUCUGUCUCGUGGUCCACAGCAGGCCAGAAUGUGCAACUACAUCCACCUCUGUAACAAGGCUUUAAGAAGAACCAAAAACAACCCUACGAACAAAAAAACCCACCCCAAAUGUAUAAGUGAGUCUGUUGUACACGUGAAGGAGGGAGGGGGCCACAAUGGAGUGAGGCCUGUGACCCUUCAUCCCACCAAAGCACACACUUUUUUCUUCUUCUCUUUAAAACAAAACACCUAAUGGAAAAAAAAAAAAAACCACCUCUGCAGGGCUGGAGCACAGGCAGAGUCCAUUGUGUGUGCUGAAAGGGACAACGUGCCAGGGAAGAGGGCAGCCUCUAGCCUGUAGGACAGCACUGAGCCGCCUGUGCCGUACCAUCCACACUGAAGUAAACAUGGACCGGAACUUGCCUUUUUUUUUUUUUCUUUUUUCUCUUUUUUUUUUUUUUUUUGUCUGUCUUUGGUAUUGUUUUUAAAGUUGCUAGAGAUGCAUAGACACCUGAAUGAGGAACUGAGUACAGUUUCCAGGGAGGAGGAGAUAUUUGGGAAGGUGGUUGGUUUCAUUUUUGAUGGGUUUUUUUGCUCAGGGGUGCUGAGUACCAUUGGGAGGAGCAGUGCCCGGUCCCUGCUUGUAGUCACACCCAGAAGUUCCUGAAAGCCAUGUUUCUUUGAAGGCAAAGAAAAGCGUUCGUUCCCUGUCCACGGCUCUCCAUCUCAGACUGGUGAGCGAGAAGGGGUGUGAAAGGGAAUGGGAAUGCUGCUGCCAUCCUCCAGAAUCAUUUUCUCUUCACUCGUGUUUUCUCAGUACAUCUUUGGAUAGUUUUCUUUCCUUCCCUUUUUACAGUUUUCAAAAUUUCUGUGUGGGUUGUUGUUUUUUUU